CUGCCGGCUCUGGAGAUACAGCCAGAAUUUUUCGUUCACAUGGCAGCAGCAAACUCUACUCCACCUGGCUCUUUGGAUCUAAACCAGCCUGGAUUUGCAAAGGAGAUCCUGGGAACUAAACUGGAGGUCAAAUACCUCUGCUCCGAUUGCAAGAAUAUCUUGAGGAGGCCGUUUCAAGCUCAGUGCGGACAUCGCUACUGUUCCUAUUGUCUGAAGAAAAUUAUAAGUGCUGGACCUCAAAAGUGUGCCAGCUGUAUUCAGGAAGGAAUAUAUGAAGAAGGCAUUUCUAUUUUGGAAACAAGCUCGGCUUUCCCAGACAACGCAGCUCGUCGGGAGGUGGAAAGUCUGCCUGCUGUCUGUAUUAACAGUGGCUGCACUUGGAAGGGGACUAUUAAAGAAUACGAGGCUCACGACGAAGUCUGCCCUGAAUUUCCGCUGACUUGCGAAGGCUGUGGGAAGAAGAUUCCAAGGGAGAAGUUUCGGGACCAUGUGAAGACUUGUGGCAGAUCUAAAGUGCCUUGCAGAUUUGAGGUUGUUGGAUGUGCUGAGGUGGUGGAAAAUGAAAAGCUACCAGAACACGAAAGCAAGUGUUUGGCAGAGCAUCUCUAUAUGCUGCUGAGUUUUGUGCUCAGCCUCAAGCCUGGGUCCGGAGACCUAAAGCCCCUUCCUGCCCUUUCCUCAUCACAAAACAACUCCCCACUACUGGCAGCAAACUCUCUGUGCUCGGAGUCGGAGCUCUCGGGAAGAUGUGAGGCCCUUGAGAGGAAAACGGUGACCUUUGAGAACAUUGUCUGCGUGCUCAAUCGGGAGGUGGAAAGAGUGUCUCUAACAGCCGAAGCCUACAGUCGGCAACAUCGACUAGACCAGGAGAAAAUUGAAACGCUGAGUAACAAGGUCCGGCAGCUGGAAAGGAGCAUUGGGCUCAAAGAUCUGGCCAUGGCUGAGAUGGAGGAAAAGAUCCGCAACAUGGAAGCUUCCACCUACGAUGGUGUUUUCAUCUGGAAGAUAACAGAAUUUGCCAGGAAGCGUCAGGAGGCAAUAACAGGCCGCUCUCCUGCGAUCUUCUCUCCAGCUUUCUACACGAGCAAGUACGGCUACAAGAUGUGUCUGCGCGUUUACCUGAACGGGGACGGCACCGGGCGUGGGACCCAUCUGUCCCUGUUCUUUGUGGUGAUGAAAGGACCCAACGACGCACUCCUGCGGUGGCCCUUCAACCAGAAGGUAACCCUGAUGCUCCUGGACCAGAACAACCGGGAGCACAUCAUCGAUGCCUUCCGACCUGACGUGACGUCCUCCUCCUUCCAGCGACCCAUCACAGAAAUGAACAUUGCCAGCGGCUGCCCGCUGUUCUGCCCCGUCUCCGUGAUGGAAGCCAAGAACUCCUACGUGCGUGAUGAUGCCAUCUUUAUUAAAGCCAUCGUUGAUCUCACGGGCCUCUAACCCUCCUCACCUCUGGGAGCAGUGAACGCAGAGCCAGCCCCGAGUGGGGCAUCCCCCUCUUGUGCUGCACUUCAGGCAGGUCUUGGAGCGAGGAGGGGGCAAAAAGCAGGAAGGGAAAAGCCCUUCCCAAAAAGGGACCUUCGCUCUGAGUGGAAACGAGGUGUCUGAUGGGAACCCUCUUCCCUGGUGUCAGAGAGACCUUCCCUGAGAAGAGGUUUGGGUGGACAUUCGCAGUCUGCGGGGUACAAGAAGAUCUCCUGCAGUGACUUGGGUGUCUGAACUGCCGCUGUCUGGGCUCCCAGUGGAAACCGGUGCAGCUCUUGCUCUAGUGGUUUAGUGCGCAGCCUCAGUGCCCUGUAGUAAAACAAGAGUUUGGCCUGCCCGAGCACCACUUUGCGUGGAUGUUUGGCUCAGCCGUCUAGGAUUUUCUUCAGAGGUCUCCAUGUUCCUGGAAGUUUUGUGUGCUGCAGGGGUGCCGUUGCUCUGCGCCGCUGGUUGGUCUGUGCCUCGGUGGACGGGAAGGGUGUGUGGCAGACUCUGCGCAAGUGGGGCAAGAGAGGUGCGAACUGGUUUGCCGCUGAGCCGAGCUUCAUGGCAGGCGGGGGAGCGGUACCCCGUGUCUGGCCCUUGCUGUGUGUUUGAUGGGUGGUUUGCACUCUGAGCAGUGUGCUGGGAGCAGAGGACGGGGCAGGCAGUGCCUGCUGCCUGGGAGGGAGCGUGGGGCAGCAUCAGGGAUGCCCACAGUGAAAGAGAAGUGAAUCUCCCCUGGAGCCUGCCCGUCCUGUCCUGGGAGAGGAAGAGGACGCAGGGCUCGGUGCAGGACUUCAGCCCCCUGGACCCUGGGAGUCCCAGGCGGGUUUUUAGCCAGACCCAGCCAUUCUCUGCCUGCCUGCGCCCGAGCAGCAGUAGGCAGGUCUGUGGCAGUGCUGGAAGCUGUCUUUAUGCGCACGCAGAUGCUCCUGAGCUGGCUUUCAGCCCCGUCACGGGGCAGCUGCAGCAGCGCAGGCACACCAGCCUUCCCAGGGCCCUUCUCCAGCAGCCAAGCAUGUACGGCUGCAGCUCCGCACUGCCACCGUCCACUGCACAGGCACUCACCUCCACGGCUGAUGGACAUGCCAUGUCUCUUGUCCGCUGCUGGCCAGCCCCUGCUCUCCCCAAGGGCCUGCCUUGCCCACCAGCGGCAGCUUUCCCCAUCCUUCCCUUGGCUUGGGGAACAGCGUGCCUGCUGGUUCCUGGUCAUUGCACACUGGAGGGCUCUCUCUGAUGUCCUUCUCCAGGCUGGGGGGUAGCUGAGCUGGACCCUGACACAAGCUGAACCUCUGGCACCCAAGGGUGCUGUGCUGGC